UGCGUAACUUCUCCGCCGCCUGUCGAGUGAACGUACUAGUUACACUGUUGUAACGUCCGUAACCUGAAAUUACUUGGUUCUUCGAUUUGGUUUGAUUCGCUUGUGUGUUCGCGUUUUCAGUACGAUCGAAUUAUUACGGUAUGGCUGAUGCCCUAAGUUUAGAUGACAUAAUUAAAAAGUCGAAAACACCAGGAAUGAGAGGCAGAGGGGUACGAAGAGGACUGAGCAGAGGCUCUCGCAUGAAUGGUUCUGUAAGAGGACGCGGCUCACAUGUGAUUAAAGAUGCACGGUUUAAAAUAAUACAGAAGAAUCGUGAAAAACUGACCGACGCUAGAGACAAGCUGGCGGAAAUAGCGAAACAGAGCGAUGCGAGACUCAAGUUAGACAAGAUUCGUGCGUCUCAGUAUAAGAAGAUAGAUGCGCAGAUUCCCGGAAUUUCACGUAAAACUGGUCGAAAUGGCAGGCUGUCGUUAUCAACGAACAAAGUACCACCCUUGAUGCCGCAUGCUUUACCACCAAAUAUACCAAACAAUUACAUGCCACCUCCUACAAGAGCGGUGGGCUAUAGACCAGCUUCCCUUUCUGAACCGCAUUACUUAGGAGAUAUGAGUAUGGAUUAUACUAACGAUUAUCUAAUGGAUUCCCCUUCAUUGAGAAGAACUGUGAGUAACGAAUAUGCACCGACACCACCACCUCCACCUCCUGUGUUCAGUAUUAAUCCGACUUCUCCUUACACUUGGGUGAAGCCUGCGAGCAGCAAUGCGGCUAGGAUUCCGGCUCGAAAAUCUGACAUGGAAAGGGAACGAGAGAGACAGAGAGAUUAUAAACUCGUUGUACGCUCCGCGAUGACGAAGACUGCUUCCCCUCCUUAUAAAGAAGACUGGAGUUUUGGCACAAAGUCGAGAACAAUUCUAGCGGAGGAAACAACAGAUUCCAAGUACUAUGAAUCCAGAAGUCUUCGAGAUAUGGGGAUUAAAUCGCGUCUUGAGUCAUCCGCGAAUAAAUCGAGGACAAUAAGCGCUUUAUCGCGACCGAAAGUAACUUCCAGUUCAUCAACGCAGUCGACAGGCUAUCGAAUUGUAGUGUCCAACUUGCAAGCGAACGUCACGCAGGAGGAUAUCAAGGAGUUAUUCGAAGACGUUGGAGAACUGCUCGUAUCGAGAUUAGUGCGUCCAGGAACGGCGGAAGUGAUCUACAAGACGCUGAAAGACGCGACUAAAGCUGUGGAAACUUAUCACAAUCGACAAUUGGAUGGUCAUCCAAUGAAAUGUCUUCUUGUUAAUCCGCGACCAAAAAAUAAUCCAACUGGACCAGCUGUUCGUUCUCUCACUGAGUCGAGGCGCAGUGUCAGCUCAAGUUAUGUACAGCCGAGUUUAGGAGCGGUGCAUCGCGCGUUAUUCGAUGAUUCUUAAUCGAAUGUUUGUGCACAUCUUUUUUGAUAUAAGUUAAUACUAAGAUAUGUCAUGUACAUGUAACAGAUAUGCAACAUAAUAUUAGGGCAGCGAAUGGAGAGAAAACAAAAUGCAGGUUGCGUAUCUGUGGAACACGCACGUUUACACGUGCGCAAAUCGAAUUCCCAACUGCAAGUCUAUCAAUAAACUUGUACCACUCAUCAUUAUUAUCUUCAGUCUAUGCGGUCUAUACAGUCAGCUAACACUGGAACGUCUGUAGAUUGUUCUUGUUAUUUUUGGAUCACUUUUAUUACGCUUUGUUUUUCAUCUGCAUUUUUGUUUCUCCGGGUGUAUUAUUUAAAAGUAAUAAAUUAUAUCGAAUUGAAAAUGUUCAAAGGACAAAGGGCCUUCGUUUCUUACGCGGCAGGUGAUGAAAAAAUUUAGGCGUUCUGGUGUUCUGGUGUUCUGUUAAAAUAGAGAAAAAAAAAAAAAAAGACUUACACUAGUAGAACUGUCAAAAUCGUAUAUCGGGUGCAAGUUAUCUCUUGUACAUUUAACAUGUCGGAAUAAAAUGGUAUUCACUCAUAUCUUUUAUCGAUGUUUUGUCCACAGGAAAGAAUCUAAUAGAUUUUUAUGUAAGUAUAUUCAUGAAUAUAAUCAAUUGGAUGAUUUGUAUAUGAUUUUUAUAGCAUUAAGUUUUCAGUGGCUGUACUGAAUUACAUAUUUCUGCAUGUUCUUAUAGCAAGGUAUAUAGAAGUAAAUACGAAAUAAAUUUUCUUUCUCAUCGAC